AUGGACCCGUUUCAGACAGCGAAUCCCGGCUGUUCGCGGGCUACUGAGGCUGGAAUACUUGCUGUUUCGAAAAAGACUCAUCUUUCCACGUUGCUGCUCGCUGCUUAUUACAACUAUUAUGGACCGGAUUAUUAUUACAUCCUGCUUGAUCAGGGUGCGCCCGGUGCGGGCGAUAAAGACACCUUCCUUCAUGCUGCAACUGCCCUUAACGAGACCUUUUACUCUGUGAGUGAGAAGGCGGUGGAUGUUGGAAAUGUCACACCUUGGAAUGCAGAGGUCGCAAUCAAUGCUGGAUAUAUCCAAGCCGAUCCCAUUCAGGAUUAUAACCUGACGAGCCAACAGAAAUGGAGAGUCAAGGAUCCUUCAGUUGCCAAGCCACCCCGGGCCUUCUUCGUUCAUGCUGGGGACCCGGAAUUCAAUCCAGGCAAUGACCUGCUGGGCCGGAAGUUGGUGGGUUUUGACGGCAAACCCACUCGACUCUGGACUCAUCCACCCGAGGCAAUGGAACGUCUCGGAUAUGACGCCGAGAGGGCGUUCUGGGAGGCGACGGUAUCCGUGGCGUGCGAGAUACAGCUAGCCUUUGAAUCCUGGAAAUCCAAGAGUGGACUUUGUGAACAGGUGAAGGAGCAUUGGGAAGCUGUUUUUGAGAAUCCAGAUGUAAAGGUUCCGGUGUUUGCAGGUAGCUAA